GUAUGAACUUACGUGGACGUUUUACUGGGCCCAAGCCCAGCCCUAACUGUUCUUCCCCUCCAAAAGGCCACAUAACCAAUGGGCGGAAAGAGAUCUAGGGUUUUAAAUAGGGGUUAUGAAUGAACUGGUGUCGUAUUAUCUUUCUCUUAGAUUGAUUGUUGAAGAAAAAGAGCAGAUAUCGAUUUGCAAAGAUGUUUCCAGGAAUGUUUAUUAAGAAACCAGACAAAGCAGAGGCUUUGAAGCAGCUCAAGUCCCACGUCGCCAUGUUCGGAGCUUGGGUCGUUGUCAUUCGAAUAACCCCUUACGUCCUCCACUACUUCUCCGGUGAUAGGGAUGAGCUGAGCCUCGAUUUUUAAUUUCUCGUCUCUUUUGUCUCAGUUGAUCUCAGAGUGGAGAAUUGCCGAGUGAAGAGCAGCCCUUGGUUUUUAUGCAUUUUUCUUUAUUAACUUCCCUAGAUCAAUUGUCUUCUGGACUUCAAAUUAAGAAUUAUGAGCUUAGCACAUACUCUGGUGUACUAGUGAUGGAAAAUUUGAUGAUGCUUUUCUGGUUCACUUUUAUAGUAUAGUAAAUAUGCAUUGAGAUUGAGGCACUCUUCCGGUUUUGUUGCUUUUGGAGAUUGUUUCACGUAGUUUUUCAAGGGUAUCAUCUAAAACUGAGGGCUGGACAGGGGGGCAGGCAAUUGGCUGUGGUUGCUACCCGUGUCCAUCCUGGUUUGUUUGG